GAUUUCUGGCAGAAGUGGUACUGAUAAAGCAAAUAUCCCACCUGUCAUAGAUAGCAGGAUAAAUAAAAGGUACCAAGACGUGGAUGACUAUAUCAAAGUGAAUCAUACCUCUAAAUGGGAAGAGAAGCGCUGUGACCUGGAGAAUCUGAUUGCAGUCAAAGAUAACAGCAAGGAGGGAAACCAAGAUCUGGAUGACUUCAUCAUAGUGAAUUGUACAUUUGAGCCAAGUGACAGGAGAUCCCAAGACCUACACAAUCUCAUCAAAGUGAAUCAUAUGUCUAGUCAGUUCAGAAAGGACGGAUGUCAGGAUUUGGACAAUCUCAUCGAAGUGAAUCGUAUAUCAAACAAGAAAGGCACAUUCUCUGGCCUGGACAGUUUCAUUGAAGUCAAAGAUAAAAACAAUCAAAGGGCUAUUACUGACAAAGAAUUGUGUACCUAUUGCCGGAAACCAUUGGGCACAAAUACUAAAAUGAUUCUCGAAGCGCUAAAGAUUUGCUGUCAUGCGACUUGCUUCAAGUGUGAAAUCUGCAAAACAACUUUAGAAAACCUGGAGGCAGGAGACAGUAUCUGGAUUUACAAGAACAUAGUACACUGUUCACCGUGUUAUUCUAAAGUUAAAGCCACAUGGACAUACUAAUCAUGAAUGAACUCUGAUCAAACAUAUCUGAGCUCAGAUAUUCCAGCAAUCUUUAUUUGUAUCUGAAAAUUGUAUUUUUUUUAGAAUAAGAUAUUUCAAAAAUCCACAUUAGGCAUUUGAGCAUAAAAUAAAAUCAUUUCUAAAUGAAAGAUAACAUAUGUACUUAGAAUCUUCCUAGAUGUUUUAAUUGUUAGCAAGAGAAAUGUCUACGAUUGUAGCAUUAUAAUGAAUAAGGACACAAAGAGUUAUACUGUAAAUACAGCAUAUGAAGAUAACUAUUUUUGCUUAACAUAUUCUGUUUUCUGUUCAUGCAUUGAUAAUUCAUAUAUGGGUGCUCAUCAUAUCGAUAGAAACUUCUUCUUUAGCUGCAGCAGUUCUUAAGAGAGAAAGAUUUUGCAACUUUGGUUGGGACUGUUGAUUUUGAGAAGAACCAAAUCAUCACGAAAGCUGCCAGAAAACAAGCAAGAUGAAAUCAAGUGGUGUCCGUGCUUUUAUGAUCUAUUGUUUUCCUAUUAUUAAUGAUCCCUAGAUGUUGAGUCUGCUUCACUUCACUUCCAUUCAAACUGUAGCUCUGUGGAAGAGAAUAUUGGGGUCAAUCUAUUGUUCAAAGCACCUGAAGGCAACACAAGAGG